AUGGAAGCAGAACUUUGUCCCUGGGAGGACACCAUCAUCAUUGCCGCUGCAUCCGGCAACACGGACGAACUGCAACGAGAACUCGAGAAGGGCACGAACGUAAAUGUCAGCGACCACGAAUAUCAACGGACGCCCCUGUACUGGGCUGUUCUCAGAGGCCAUGACGCCGCCGUGCAGCUGCUGCUCUCGCAUGGCGCCAAUUCCAACACGCCCGAACCAGCCGGCGGGAAGACGCCGUUAUUGGUGGCUGCCGCCGGGACAAAAGGAGGCCACGAGUCGGUCGUGAGGCGUUUGCUAGGGGCGGGCGCCGACACAGACACGCCUGACAUGAGCGGCGACACGCCGCUGAUCGUAGCCGCUCGCAACGGCAAGAUUGUCAUGUUGAAACUCUUGCUCGAGGGCGGAGCAGACCCGAAUAUUUGCGACUGGAGACGCGGGCAGACCGCGCUGUCGCUUGCGGCAGAAGCCGGUCAUGAUGGCAUGGUUGACUUGCUGUGUCUCCACAGCGCCACGGCGAGUCUUGCGGAUGACCAAGGGAUGACGCCAAUGGCACACGCACUGGAGAACGACCAUGAGGGCGUUGCUCGCAAAUUAGCGGAUCACGAGGCGCUUCACGAUCCGCGAGACGCCGCCCAGAUUCUGUCAGACACCUUGGCAAGUGUGAGAGCCAAGAUAGUUGAUCCCUACGGAGAUCUGAAUGACGAAGCAGCCCUCCCGCUGGCUGCAGCCGAUGGCUGUGAAGAUGUUGUCACAAGAACCCUCGACCACGGUGUCAAUGUCGAUGUUACAGACGAGGAUGGACGGACGCCACUUUCUCAUGCAGCCGGUAACAACAAUAUUGAGAUUGCCACACUUCUGUUGGACAGAGGCGCCGACGUCAAUCCCCGAGACAACAUGCAGUGGACGCCCUUAAUGGCUGCGGCUGAAAGAGGACACGAACAAGCCAUUUCGCUACUUUUGGAGAGAGGCGCAGAUGUCAAUGCUCGAGAUGACAACGGCAUGACACCUCUCCUCCUCAUAGCCGCGGACGGAAACACGAAAGCCUUGACGCUGUUGCUUGAUGCUGGCGGGGACCCGAGCGCCAGGGAUCAGGUUGACAACCUCACAAUCAUGGGUAGAGCAGCAGAAGCCGACAACGUAGCGAUGGUCGAGAUUCUUCUCGCUCGUAAGAUAUCUCCCAGGGACGAUGACAAAACCAUUCUUUGUGCCUUGCAUAAUCGAAGCAAAUUUGACAGAGUCGGCACCGAUGGCUACAAUUUCAUCAAAAGGCUGCUAGAUCACGGGGCGGAUGCUUACCUUGAUGCCUGGGUCGACGACCGCCCACUUGUUGUCGCUGCUGAGCACGGCAACGAGGACAUCGUGGCACUCCUUUUGAAAGCCGAGUGCGAAUCGGCCGCUCUCAGACAAGAGCAUAUCAGGAACGCCAUCUGUGUUGCUGCCGAGGAGGGCGAAGAAGCGUGCCUGAAGCUCCUCAUGAAUGAAUAUGUUCCUGGUGGCAAGGAAGUUGAGACUCCAUGGGAAUGGGCCAAGUCAUACCACUUUGGGAGGUCCUACGAGCUCUUGAGACCCUAUUUCGACCCGAGCAAGGGGAACAGGGAGGAACCAGACGGCAGCGAUGAAGGUGAAUGA